AGCCCUUUGUAACACACUUUGGGCACUAAAAGAUGCUUCUCAGAAAAACAUUCUUUGACAUUCUGAAAACUCGAGGAGAGAAGCUGUUACGGUAUCCACCCCUUGUUGCUGUUGAUCUUUCCCCACCACCUGCAGUGAGGAAAGGAGUAUCGGUAUUGCUUGAGAUAAUUGAGACGCAUGAUGGCAUAAUGGUUCCUGCUUCAGGAAAGAAGUCUGACUUUGAUCCGGUGAUAUCUGCAUUACUAGAUCCUAUUAUUCAGAUAUGUGAACAAGCAGUAGAAGCACACAAGUCCAAAGGAGCUAUUCAUUCCUUUAGAAGAAAUAAAACUACUUCUGACCCAAGCCAACUCAGUAAAUCAUCUGUUGAUGCAAUUUUGGCAAACAGCAACACUUUAGCUACGUCUCAGACUAGUGAAACACCCUCCAAGAUUUUCCUCAUCAACUGCUUGUGCGCCAUCCAGCAACCAUUAUUAGGACACGGGGUUGCAUCUGAAUAUGUGAAAAAGCUCGGAACAAUGAUAGAUAAUCACAUGAACAGUCUUGUGGAAAAAGAAGUUGGUACCAUUCUAAGAAGAUGUGGCUUGUCAAACAAAAUGUCUCACUUCCAAAAUUCAUUGAACAGCGAGGAAAUCCUAUUAGCUGAGAUGGAGGACACGUCUCCAACUGCUCUUUCAGAGUGUUUGAAGGCGUUCUUUGGACUUAUUUUAGGAAGCGAAAGUUCUCCGCCAGAGUUUGAGCAGAUGCAGGUACCAAAGUUACGAUCUGAAACUUGUAUUCAAGUGGCUAGAUCACUGGCUGAAGCAUACGAGCUUAUUUACAAGGCGAUCAUGGAUCCAAAGAAUCGGUACCCAGAUCCCAAGUCCUUGUCUAGGCAUCCCCCUGAUCAGAUAAGGACCAUCUUAGGAAUUUGAAACAAUGUUUUCCUGUUAUUUUGAGGGGAUUAUUUAACAAUCUUUUUUUUUUUUUGGUUCAUAGUUCUUGGAACUGAGUUUCUGUUGCUAUUAUUCUUUUGGGAUUGUUGGACAAUCUGCUGCAAUUCAAGUAUAAUUAGUUCAAUGAAUGAAGUUUUAUAUUC